AUGAUUGGAUUCUUCAUUACCUACAUGGGAAGUGCUGUUGGAACCUCUCCCGGCCGCCUUGUUGAAACGGAUGCCGGAGGUCACAUUAUUCACGAAUGGCCUGAGGACGUACCAGGGAUACUCAACAUAUUGGGAGGCCAGUUUUCGCCACACGGCUUGACCGUUGACUGGGAUAGAAAUAUCAUUCUCACAUCCGAUUUUGUAAUCCCCAUCACGAUCUUGAAGCCAACUCUUGGCAUUCAGAAGGCCAAUACUUUGCGUCUAUGGGACCUCCAGACGCGGACGAUCAUCUCUACCAUCACGCUUCCUGGUGGAACUGGUGUCCAGGAUGUCAAAUUUAUCCCAGGCAACCCGGAGAGUGCAGCUCUUGCUACAGCUGUUGAUCCUGGCGAGGUUUGGAUCAUUUACCCAUUCCGGAAAAACCAAGAUGGAACACAGGGCGUUGCUGAGCUUCUCUAUGAUCUUGGUGAUAAGGCUAAGAACUCUCUUGCCAUCUACUCUGACAUCUCGGAUGAUGGCAAACUUGCCUACUUUACAAUAACUCUGGGAAAUCAUGUGGCAGCUCUGGAUAUUUCUGACCUAAACAACGUCAAACGUCUCGACGAUCCUAAUGAGACACAGCCCAUCAUUGGCCCACAUUACGUCAAGAUUUCACCUGACAAGAAGAACCUGCUCGUGACUGGUUACUUUGUUCAAGCUGGCGAUAUUUCUGUUGUCAACACUCCAGGAGACUACAAGGGACACUGGAUUGACAUCCUACCGGAUGGAUCGCUGAGCUUCAAUCGCACCAUUGAUUUCGAAGCCAUCUUCACUCGAGACCGGGGUGGUGCUCGCCCCCAUUCUAGCGUCAUUUAUGACUUGACUGAUCCCGAGAACCCGAAGUACUAUUAA